AUGUCGGAUGACGAUUCGAGGGCCAGCACCAGCUCCUCCUCAUCAUCGUCCUCCAACCAGCAGACCGAGAAGGAAGCAAACACCCCCAAGAAGAAGGAGAGUAAAGUCAGCAUGAGUAAAAACUCCAAACUCCUCUCCACCAGCGCCAAGAGGAUUCAGAAGGAACUGGCUGACAUCACCUUAGACCCUCCGCCCAACUGCAGCGCUGGUCCCAAAGGUGAUAACAUCUACGAAUGGAGAUCAACCAUCCUGGGGCCGCCAGGGUCUGUCUAUGAGGGGGGAGUGUUCUUCCUCGAUAUCACCUUUACACCAGAGUAUCCCUUCAAGCCUCCAAAGGUUACGUUUCGGACGAGAAUCUAUCACUGUAACAUUAACAGUCAAGGCGUUAUUUGCUUGGACAUAUUGAAAGAUAACUGGAGCCCCGCGUUGACCAUUUCUAAAGUCCUCCUCUCUAUCUGCUCGCUUCUUACAGACUGCAAUCCCGCCGACCCUUUGGUGGGAAGCAUUGCUACCCAGUAUAUGACCAACAGAGCUGAGCAUGACCGAAUGGCCAGACAAUGGACCAAGAGAUACGCCACCUAA